AUGUCGGGAAGUUUUAAGUUUAAGGUUAAGUGACCCGGUUUUUCCAUUUAAUUGUUUUUGAUAACGCGAGAUGAUUAGCGCAAUAUAUCUUGCCCUUCGAUUGCAGCUAAUACGUGGACGUGAGAUAUUUCCACCGUGCGCGCGGUCGACUUUUUACAUUGUUUGAGAUGUCAUUUAGGUUAGGUCAGAUUAGGUUAGGAUUACACGAUCUCGCUACCUAAACACCUGUGUUGUUACGAGCGUUGUGAAGUAGUGAAACGAAAAGAAUGGCCGAGGCCGACGGAGCCGAUCCCACGUGACAAGUGUUUAUUAUUUUACGUACGUCUCGUUCUGCAGGACUGGCGGUUCUCUCGUCCUCUUUGACAGGAUCACAGGAAUGAAAGUGUCUCUAGGAAGAUGGAAUUAAAUUUUGUCGAAUGAACGCCCCACAGUGAGAUUUAAGCGCAAUACCGCUCUUUGGAGAAACAUGAAUAAUGAUCCAGGCGUCGUCUGUUUCCGUCAUUGCUCGACGAAGAGUGUAUUCUGCCGGCGUGUACCGGCGACGUGUCCGGUGUGCUCGUCGCGAAUGCAGAAUUUCGUCGUGGACCCGUUUUGCGUUCCGUAUCCGUUUGCAAAUGCCGCGCACAAUCCGACCAGCGUCGUAAUUCGGCCCUCGCGAGGCAGCUUCCUCGAUGAUUACGACGUGACGAGUGACGAUCUACAUAUCGGGAUAGUUGAUUCCGCUGGCGUUAUCCUGGAGUUCGACAGAGAGGGACUGAUAGCGAAUGACGCUGUCAGGUGGACCGAUUGCGUCGCCUUGGAAGUGGUGCCGGCAGCCUGGACCGCCCGAUGGGACGAGACGUUGUCGUUCAUGUCGAAGGAUCCCAAGUGGAAAUCCGUUAACUAUAACGCCAUCAAUAUGAACUGUUUCAACUUUGUUCUGGAAUUUUUUAAUAAUCUGGGAUACGCGGAUCUGAAAUUUGCGAGCAAGGAAGAUCUGUGCGAGCGAUUAAUAUUAUUGAAAAUGCACACUGCAUGCCGAUAUGUUUCGUUGUACAGAAACUUGAAGGAUCAGGAAUAUCUGCUGGCGGAUCAUCACGCUUGAUACCUCCCUCUGUCAUUUUUUAUUUGUAUUAUGUUAUUUGUAAUUUGUGCAAUAAAAACAUUCACG